GAUUUCUUGUUGACAAAUGUAGUGAGGAUGAGAGGAAGAUGGUUGUGUGUCGGUGGGAUCCAUGUGGCGUGAUAUGUAUUAUAUUAACUUACGUUGCUGUUUUUUAUGCCGAUUAUGCUUUUGUUCAAUGGAUGAUCAUUCCGACAAUGUCUAAAAGUUUAUGGGGUGCUUUCAAUGUCCUUUGUUUCAACAUUGUUGUUUUUCUUCUUGUAAUGGCACACAUUCGAGCAGUUUUUUCAGACCCAGGAAUUGUUCCAUUACCACACAAUAAUCUAGACUUUUCUGAUAUGCAUAUUGGAAAUAGAGUUCCACUUCAAAAGGAGGAUUGGACAGUUUGUUCACGUUGUGAGACAUAUCGUCCUCCAAGAGCCCAUCACUGUCGUGUAUGCCAACGAUGUAUCAGAAGAAUGGAUCAUCAUUGUCCUUGGAUAAACAAUUGUGUUGGAGAAUUUAAUCAGAAAUAUUUCAUUCAAUUUUUGCUCUAUGUUGGUGUGGCCAGCAUAUAUGCAAUUGUAAUUGUUGUGAUAUCAUGGAUAAAAGAGUGCAAAGACUGUAAUUUAGAUAUAAUCUUUAAACAACAUAGAGUGAUCCAUUCUGUUAUUCUUCUUAUUGAAAGCUUCCUAUUUGGAAUAUUUGUUAUAGCCAUUAUGUGUGAUCAAUUACAAGCUAUCUUGACUGAUGAGACAGCUGUUGAACAAAUUCAAAAGAAAGGACCUCAUCGUCCACGAAAACCAAAACUUGCACUUUUGAGCGAAGUAUGUGGAAGAGGUCCUCCACUCUUCUGGAUCCUGCCAUGUCAGAAUGUUCCAAAAAAUCUAGAUAAUUUAGCAUCAUAUGAAGUUUAGGAAUCUGAUAUUAUUUAUUUAUAAAACAUAAAAAGUACAAUAAAAAAAUACACCAAUUUAUUAUAAUUUUGGAAUAUUUUUAUAUAUUUAUUUACUUACAAACUUUCCUUCUUUAGAAUUUAGAAUGAUAUAUGUAUAUAUUUACAAUAUACAAAACAUAUUAAAUAUAUCUGUGCAUUUACAACACAGUUAUUUUAAAACUUCCAUAAUAUAAAUGAUA